CCGACCCAAGUAUCUUGAUUGACAGCAUCAUACUAAUCUGUAUAUAAGAGGGAGACGCGGGAGCGCCCGAGUCACUAACACUCACAUCCUGGCGCCGGUGGAUCUUGUCGACUCAGUGGAGUUUUAAUUUUGCGCACCGCUUUAUUGUUUUUACCCUGUUUGUGUUAUAUUUAUAAGAAGAAUAUAUUGUCUACUGUCUAUUUCCCUCUCAUUUCCUCAGUGGAUAUUUAAAAGACGCAUUAACAAUUUUUCAAGGAUUGCACUUUUGUACCAGGAGCUAUGAUUCUCAGGAGAGGUGUCUGCUGGCUGCCCGUUUUAUUUCUGUGCGCCUCAGCUGUGGCUCAAGCGCCCACAGAAGGAGAGGUGGAAGAUGAGACCAUGUUCGACCUGUUCGAGGUCAGCCACAUCACGCGCAAGACCCUGGGCGCCAAACUCUUCCGGGGACAUGACCCCGACGCGCCAGCGUACCGCUUCAUCCGCUUCGACCACCUGCCGCCGGUGGCCGCGCCGGUGCUGAAGCAGAUCCUCCGGCAGAUCCAGAACAACGAGGGCUUCGUGUUCGCCGCCACCAUGCGGCAGGACCGCGGCUCGCGGGGCACCCUCCUGGGCCUGGAGGGCCCCGGCGCCAGGCGGCAGUUUGAGGUGGUGUCCAACGGCCGCGCCAACACGCUGGACCUGGUCUACUGGACGGACGGCUCGCAGAACGUGGUGUCCUUCGAGGACGUGGACCUGUCCGACUCGCAGUGGAAGAACAUCACGCUGCAUGUGCACGGCGAGAACGCCCACCUGUACGUGGGCUGCAGCCUGAUCGACAGCUUCAUCCUGGACGAGCCCUUCUACGAGCACCUGCGAGCCGAGGGGAGCCGUAUGUUCGUCGCCAAGGGCUCCAUCCGUGAGAACCACUUCAGGGGCUUGCUUCAGAACGUGCGUUUCAUCUUCGACACUCCAGUCGAUGACAUCCUUAGGAACAAAGGCUGUGAGAUCACCAAGCCAGAUGAGGCCAACGCGGUGAGCGAGACCACAGAGAUGGUGGACGCCAGUCCCGCCAUAACCACCAAUGUCAUCGGGCAGAAGACGGACAGCCCGAGUGCCGACGUGUGUGAGCGCUCCUGCGAGGAGCUCAGCAGCCUGUUUCAGGAGCUGAAGGGCCUCCGCGUCGUCGUGGGAAACCUCAUGGACGGCCUGCAGAAAGUGACUGAGGAGAACACGGUCAUGAGGGAGGCCCUCGGCAAGAUGAAGAACUCAAAGGAGAAGCAUAUGUGCUGGCAGGACGGCAGGCUCUUUGAGGACAAGGAGGACUGGAUUGUGGACAGCUGCACCAAGUGCACAUGUCAGGAGUCAAAGAUAGUGUGUCACCAGAUCACUUGCCCGGCAGUGUCGUGUGCCAGUCCCUCGUUCGUCGAGGGCGAGUGCUGCCCUGUUUGUCUCUUGAAUGACAGCGAGGAUGGCUGGUCCCCCUGGUCUGAGUGGACAGAAUGCACAGUCACCUGUGGGACAGGGACCCAGCAGAGGGGAAGGUCAUGUGACGCCACCAGCAACCCCUGCGCCGGCCCCUCCAUCCAGACCCGCAAGUGCAGUCUGGGGAAAUGCGACAGCCGCGUUCGUCAGGACGGUGGUUGGAGCUUGUGGUCGCCAUGGUCGUCAUGUUCGGUGACGUGCGGGGAGGGGCAGAUCACCCGAAUCAGGCACUGCAAUGCCCCUGUCCCACAGCUCGGUGGCAAGGACUGCGAGGGCAACGGGCGGGAGACCCAGAAAUGCGAGGCAAAGCCCUGUCCCGUUGAUGGAGGUUGGGGCCCCUGGUCACCGUGGGCAACUUGCUCGUUAACCUGCGGUGGUGGCUACAGGGGCCGUACCCGAGUCUGCAACAGCCCACGGCCCCAGUAUGGCGGCAAAAAGUGCCCGGGAGAUCCCAAAGACACUGAAGUCUGCAACAAGCAGGACUGCCCCGUGGAUGGCUGCCUUUCAAACCCGUGCUUUGGAGGGGUGGAGUGCACCAGCGCUCCAGAUGGAUCUUGGGAGUGUGGGCCCUGCCCAGCUGGUUUCCGGGGCAAUGGCACUCUCUGCGAGGAUGUCAAUGAGUGUGACAUGGUCUCGGACGUGUGCUUCAAGGUGAACGGGGCCCAGCGGUGCAUCAACACUAACCCAGGUUUCCACUGCCUUCCCUGCCCACCUCGGUACAAGGGCAACCAGCCUUUUGGCAUGGGCGUUGAGGUUGCCAAGAAGAACAAACAGGUGUGCGAGCCAGAGAACCCCUGCAAAGACAAGACCCACAACUGCCACAAAUUUGCUGAGUGCAUCUAUCUCAGUCACUUCAGCGACCCCAUGUACAAGUGCGAGUGCAAGAUUGGGUAUGCCGGGGACGGCAUCAUCUGCGGUGAGGACUCGGACCUGGAUGGAUGGCCCAAUCAGAACCUUGUGUGCAGCACUAAUGGCACCUAUCACUGCAAGAAGGAUAACUGCCCCAGCCUUCCUAACUCUGGGCAGGAAGACUUUGAUAAGGAUGGACAAGGGGAUGCCUGUGAUAAGGAUGAUGACAAUGAUGGGAUCGUCGAUGAGAGGGACAACUGCGCCUUGUUGUACAACCCCCGCCAGUUCGACUACGACAAGGACGACGUGGGAGACCGUUGCGACAACUGCCCUUACGAGCACAACCCUGCACAGAUCGAUACCGACAACAACGGCGAGGGCGAUGCCUGCGCGGUCGAUAUCGACGGAGACGAGAUCCUCAAUGAGCAUGAUAACUGCCCUUAUGUGUACAACACUGACCAGAAGGACACCGACCUGGACGGCGUGGGCGACCAAUGUGACAACUGCCCACUGAUGCACAACCCUGACCAGACUGACGCUGAUAACGACCUGGUGGGAGACCAGUGUGACAACAACCAGGACAUCGAUGAGGACGGCCACCAGAACAACCUGGACAACUGCCCCUACAUCCCUAAUGCCAACCAGGCCGACCACGACAAGGACGGCAAAGGGGACGCAUGUGACUACGACGAUGACAAUGAUGGGAUACCAGACGACAAGGACAACUGCAGGCUUGUGCCCAACAAAGACCAGCUGGACUCUGACGGAGAUGGCAGAGGUGAUGCCUGCAAGGACGACUUUGACAACGACAGCAUCCCUGACAUCUUUGAUGUCUGUCCUGAGAACAACGACAUCAGCGUUACUGACUUCCGGAAAUUCCAGAUGGUGCAUCUGGACCCCAAGGGCACCACACAGAUUGAUCCCAACUGGGUGGUGAGGCACCAGGGCAAGGAGCUGGUACAGACUGCCAAUUCAGACCCUGGUAUUGCAGUGGGCUACGAUGAGUUCAACGCCGUGGACUUUAGUGGCACAUUCUACGUGAACACAGACCGGGAUGAUGAUUAUGCCGGCUUUGUGUUCGGCUACCAGUCCAGCGCCCGGUUCUAUGUGGUCAUGUGGAAACAGAUCACUCAGACGUACUGGGAGGAAAAGCCAUCCAAAGCAUUCGGUAUCUCCGGCGUCUCACUUAAGGUGGUCAACUCCACCACGGGCACCGGCGAACACCUGCGCAAUGCCCUGUGGCACACAGGCAACACCCCCGGACAGGUCCGCACCCUGUGGCAUGACCCCAAGAACAUUGGCUGGAAAGAUUACACCGCCUACAGGUGGCACCUCAUCCACAGACCCAAGACUGGCUUCAUCAGAGUGGUGGUUUAUGAAGGAAAACAGAUUAUGGCUGAUUCAGGUCCUGUCUACGACAAGACCUUUGCAGGAGGAAGGCUAGGGCUUUUUGUCUUCUCCCAAGAGCUUGUCUUCUUUUCAGACCUCAAAUACGAGUGCAGAGAUAAUCCGGAGUUCCCCUCUAUGUUCGUAAGGUAA